UAAAACAGGCAGUCAGAAGUUUGACAAGAACUGGGCUGCUCCUGAGUCCUGCCCAGCAUCCUCUGCCCUCAUAUUCUGGGAAAGGUGUCUCCCUCUGGACUUGGGCAUCACAUGAGGUGGAGGCAGCACCUUUGGGGUCUGCUGAGACUGAGAUCUGGUCUGAAAGGUGCCAGAACCUGCUGUCUCCCCCACCACCCCUCAGGGAGGGCAGGUUGCAGCGGAGGAAGAAACUGUGACUUGUCACAGAAAGCCUGGACCUUGGUACAGCCUGUGUGUCUGUCUGUCCUGCAGGGCUCAGGGACAUUUUAUGUCAUCUGCACCCCUGGGGACCCUAGCAGACAGCAUAAUGACCUGGACCUUCAUUGCUCUUCUCAGUCUUGGAUUGUGUGGUGGCCUGUGGGACCAGGUCCAGGCAGGAGUUCCCCCCAAACCCUCUAUCUGGGCAGACCCAGGCCCGAGGGUCAUAGAGGGGAGUCCUGUGACCAUCUGGUGUCAGGGGUCUCUGCAGGCAGAUGGCUACCUUCUGUAUGAUGACAGGAGCUCUCAGCCCUCUUAUAAGAGGGUCUCACAGACCUCCAGCAACAAGACCGGGUUCCUCAUUCAGUACAUGAGCUCACAGUACACGGGGCUGUACCAGUGUGCAUACAGCGCUGGGGACACGCUGUCUGAGAAAAGCGAGCCCCUGCUCCUGGUGGUGACAGGAGUGGACAGAGCACCCUCCCUCUCAGCCCAGCCAGGCCCAGUGGUGGCCUCAGGAGGGAAUGUGUCCCUCUUGUGCAGCUCACAGUCCACACAGGGCCCUUUCCUCCUGCUGAAGGAGGGAGGGGCUGAGCUGCCCACACGCCGGAAUUCGGAAUGGAAUUACAGUGCUUGGAGGUGGCAGACUGUCUUCUCUGUGGGCCCUGUGAACUCCUCCCAUGGGGGGACCUACAGAUGCUAUGGUUUUUCCAGCUACAAUCCCAAUGUGUGGUCACACCCCAGUGUCCCUCUACGCCUUGAGGUCACAGGUGUGUACAGGGAGCCCUCCCUCUCAGCCCAGCCAGGCCCCCUGCUGCUGACUGGAGACCACCUCACCCUCCAGUGUCACUCAGAUCCCGGCUUUGACAGAUUCGCUCUGACCAAGGACCAGGGGCUCACACCCCCUCAGCGUCUCCAUGGGCAGCAUAGCCCCAACUUCACUCGGGGCCCUGUGUACCUCACCCAUGGGGGCCGGUACAGGUGCUACAGUGGACACAACCUUUCCUAUGUGUGGUCGGCCCCCAGCGCCCCCCUGGACGUCUUCAUUGCAGGAAUGGACAGGAAACCCUCCCUCUCAGCCCUGCCAGGGCCCUCAGUGCCCUGGGGAGCCAACGUGACCCUGCAGUGUGGAUCUGAGGUCAGGGCUGACACCUUCCACCUGCACAGAGAGGGGUCCCCAGAUCCUCCCCAGCAGCUUCAUCUGCAGGACACAGCUGCCCCCUCUCAGGCCAACUUCACCAUCAGCCCUGUGACCUGGGGCCACAAUGGGACCUACAGGUGCUACAGCUCAAACAGCUCCUCCCCCUUCCAGCUGUCACAGCCCAGUGACCCCCUGGAGCUUCUGGUCUCAGCCCAAGGUCUCCAAUGGUACUGGAACAUCCUGAUUGGGGUCUCAGUGGCCCUCACCCUGCUGCUCUUCCUCCUCCUCUUCCUCCUCCUUCGAUUCUGGCAUCAGAGCAAAGGGGCCACAGACCUGGAGCCCAAGAACAGAGGCCUGCACACCAGAUCCAACCCAGCUGCAGAUGCCCAAGAAGAACCCCUCUGUGAGAGGAAGGGACAGCUGCCCUGGGGAGGGGACACAAGGAUUUCAGGAGGCUAUGGGGGAGGGGACAGCUUGGGAGGCUGUGGGGGUCAGGGGUGA